UGCUUCCGUUAGAGGACAGAGGUUACACGCAGCCAUGACGUGUCAAGACUACCAUAUCAGUAAUAUAGAGGUGAACAGAUCUUUACAUUUUGAGAAAAGAAAUAGUGUGUCUUGGUCCAGACAAGGACACAUUGCUUACACGCUAGAACCUGAAAAUGAUGAUGGGUUCAUAAGCACAGCGGGUAACCUAAGAGUAACCUAUUUGGAAUGCAUGGAUGGAAAGCAUUGGCAAUUAGCUCCUCCGACGAUUUUCAGUAUAGAGACUUUAUUGGAGGAGGCAGGCCACAAUCUUCAACGCAAACACUUGGCACCCACCAACUACGUUUGUUUCAGUAACACCGGAUGGGAUUUAUUAACGGCAGACAAAGAUGGACAUGUGACAAUAUUGGUCACUGGUAUCAAAAGACUAAAAAACAACAAGCCAAAUUCUUACCUGACUUCUCAGGAAGAUGUCAAUCAAAAUAUUUUACAAGUCCAAUAUUCUCGUACAUCUUUCAACACUUGCGAGAUAUUCUACUCAGAUCUUCAUAAGUUAUCUCUUUCGAAUAUUCAGCACAAGCAAUCAAAUACUAUUGGCAACCAAAUACUAACUGGUAAGUGGCUUAAUCUAGAUAAGUCCGUAAUUUCCAAUAUACCAGCGAUGAGAAUUCAACAAAACGCCGAAAACCAGGUCUUGAAUGGUUGUGCCUCCAAGAUGGGAGCUGCAUCCGAUGACGCCUCGGGAUUUUACUAUAGGUAUAAUGCGCAGCAACACAAAUCAUAUGGUGCUGUUCACCCCCUAGCCACGAAGCAAGCAUGUAUUAUAUUGCGUCGAAAUGGAGAAGUUUGUUUAUUCCAUCAAGAAGAACAUGGUAUCGAAUACGACAAAGUCAUAGCCAGUCUGAACGAUGGGGAAAAUGGCAGCUCUUACGAUACGAUUGACAAAGCAAGUAUUGGGUUCCAGAAAGAUGGAAAGAUAAUUAUAGCGGCGUACUAUGAAAUUUCCAAGAUUCUGAAGUUUUAUGAGAUUGACAUAGAAUGGAAUUAUCUUGACAAGGCAGCAAAGCUUCUGGCAGAGAAUCCCAAUUAUCGGGUUCCUAAUGAUGAGAGAACGCCUCCGAAAUUACUCAUUAAAAAGAUACAUCAAAAAGCGCUAGACAAUAUACUUGGUGGUUAUUCCUUUGUGAAUGUUGACCUUAUAUCUCCAAAUUUUGAGGUGGAUUCCAUGAUGGAUGUACUGAUCACGCUUGAAAAUAGCAGAAAACUUUCUACUGACCCUGUAAAGAGCAUGAUUCUUCGCUAUCAGCUUAAAAAUAUUUUAAGUGCCGAAACGAUACACCAAAGUUUCAAAGACAUUGCUUCAAAAAACAAUGUUGACGUCUUGUUAUCCCCAGACUCGAUAUACAAACUUGAAUACCUCCAAGCUUUGAUGAUAAAUGACUCCAUAAUAACUUUGGAACUCUUACAUUUGGAUAUGUACUUCUCUGUUGUGGUUGCAGGAGGUGCUGUUAAGGUUUUUGAAAGAAAAACUUUUUCAGAGGUAAUCAAUAAAUUCAGUCCAGCCUACUUGUCACAAAGUCCAGAUGAAACUGAACCACAUCUUCCAGAGGCUAUAUACUCUUUGCUUGAUGCUGGCUUUGAAUUUCCUAAAAUCAUGACCCAGCCUGUUUACUGUUCUUUAUCUCCGAAUAUGUGUGCUUAUGUUUUUUUGCCAACAGGUAAAAAAGCGCUAGAAGUUUCAUGUGUCACAGCUGCUGGAGUGGAUAAAAGAUAUUUAGAUGGCAAAAAAAAAGGGUUGAUUUUAACCAAAGCAGCAGCAUUGGCAUUACGUCACACUACAGCUUGCUACUUUGGCUAUUUUACAGAUGAUUUAGUGGCUACGACCAGAAAUGAUUUGAUGUUAUCUUCCAAGCUAGCAAAUGAUAACUAUUCAUACCGAUUGAUGAUAUCUGUUGUCCAAGAAGCACAUCGAGCUAUCAACUUGAAUAUCGAUAUCCCACCAGAGCAAUCAGAUAAAAUGACACAAAAUCAACCACUACAAAGGCUUUUGACUCUCCAAUUAUCACUAGGUACAUCAGAAAACUGGAAAAAAACUAGAAGUGGUAAAAUUGCUUUAGCAUUGGUCAAUCUCAGGUAUGUUGCAUCUUCGGUUAUGUACACGAUCCAUACCAUAUACUCUAAUAUGCAACGGUUCGCGAGAAAGGGCUUUCCAACAACAGAUACACUUCUCAACGCAAAGAUGCGUGAAGAGUGUAUAUUGUCGGUUAUUGGUGUCAUUCGUUGGUGUUUGGAUUAUGUUGUUUUAUUAUCCCAAGAAUUGCUAGAACUUGAUAGUGCUUUCAAGUCCCAAAACCCGACGUUAACAGAAAAACUUAUUAAGAACUCGAUUGUGAUUCCAUUAAUUUUGGGGAAGAUUCCACGUGCAUUUUUGGUGUUCUCGAUUGCAAAUAUCAGAAGACUAUUUUCGUUUAUCCAAAAAUUUGUAGAAAAGAAUGACUCCAAUUUGACUGCAAAGAUAACUACGGAUAACCCGUUAGGUGCAUUUGACGUAAUAGAGGAUCUUUUGGUUUCAAAUGAUAUUUCAGUCGUUCAACGUAAGUUUGGUGGUAAUGGGCGUUCUGGUUCAGGCGCUAACUCCAAAACCGGAAAGGCCAUAGUCACAACUCCCACAGUGGAAGCAUAUUACAGAUUGGGGCUUAUGAUUAAAAGACUUCCGGUAUCGUUAAUUGCAUUUGAGAAAUUCUUAUCGGAAGCAGAUGGGCCGCUAAGAAACAUGAAACUGGAUCCACCAAUGUCUCUCGCUGUUGAACAACAAAUUGUUUGUCAAGGGUAUGUGUCGAAGAAUUUUGUUGAUGCCAUGAAAAAACUAAGUGAAGUUUUUAGCAAAUCUGUACUUAACUUUUCAGGUACAAAGAUGUCGGAUUUGUAUUUCUACGAUGUGUCAUGGCUUGGUAUUGCAGAUAAAGAUAAUUUGGGUUCUGUUUUACUUCCGAGGACAGACAUGAGAAAGUCAAGGAAAAUUUAUGGCCAACUUUUGCUAAGAAGUAUCAAAAAUGGCGGUCUCAUAGAUGACCUCAGGAAAGAAUGGGUCAGUCCCGAAGAAAUAUUGGCAUUUUCUCGGGAAGAAAGUAAAAAGACUCUUGUUGCCAACGGUACUACCAAUGGUAAUGGCUCGGCAUUUUCUGUCUCUCCGGUAACCAGUGUUAUCAAUUCUUCUUUCGGAAAUGAAAAGUCCGUUCUCAGGAAAUGCAUUCGUUGUGGCGCUAUUUCAGUUGUUCAUGAUGAAGUUAUGUUUAUCCCAAAUAGCAUGUCAUUUGUCACAAAUCCUGUUUUCCAGCACUAUCAGCGUAUCUGCAUUUGUGGUGGGUCAUGGGCCAAUUUAUAG